CGGCCGAACUUCCGGCCAUGAGAGUUGUCGGUAUGUGACGUGUUUCCGGUGUAAUGGCGUCGCAGAGGAGACGGGCUGUUCAGAAUGAGCAGCCCAGUUGGACAGAUGAUCUCACCGUGUGUCAGCUGUCAGGCAUUGGUUACGGCAUAAACCGUGUUUACCAGGUGGAUGGCAGCAGCUCCGAGGGCCACACGUUGGAAGAUGGAUGGCUGAGAUUUCGUGAGGACGAAUGCUACCUCUACGGGGUCUUCAAUGGAUAUGAUGGGAGUCGAGUCUCGAAGUUUGUGACGCAGAGACUGACAGCAGAGUUGUUGCUGGGACAGUUAACUCUGAGUCACAAUGAUGCUGACGUCCGCAAGGUGCUGUUGCAGGCCUUCGAUGUGGUGGAACGCAGUUUCUUUGAAUCAAUUGAUGACUCUCUGGCAGAGAAGGCCAACCUGCUGUCUCAGCUUCCCGAGGGUGUUCCUCACUCACAGCUUCCACAGCAGUAUCAGAAACUCCUGGAGAAAUUGAAUAAAGUUGAACAAGAGAUUGCAGGAGGAACAACUGCGAUUGUUGCCCUCAUUCUCAACAACAAACUCUACAUUGCCAAUAUAGGCACCAGCCGAGCGUUGCUGUGUAAAUCCACUGCAGACGGACAACUCCAGGUGACUCAGGUUAGCGUCGAUCACACAACGGACAAUGAGGAUGAGCUCUUCCGCCUGUCACAGCUUGGUCUGGAUGCAGCAAAAAUAAAGCAGUUUGGGUUGAUUGGAGGUCAUGACAGCAGUCGCCGGAUUGGAGAUUACAGAAUGAAAUACUGUUACAGUGAUGUGGAAAUGCUGAGUGCUGCCAAGACGAAGCCGAUCAUUGCAGAACCCGAGAUUCAUGGGGGACAGUCACUGGAUGGGUUGACGGGGUUUCUGGUGCUGAUGACAGAUGGAUUGUAUAAGGCCCUUGAGGCAGCUCAUGGUCCAGGACAAGCUAACCAGGAGAUCGCUGCUAUGGUGGCGACAGAAUUUGCCCUGCAGAGCACACUGGACGCUGUAGCCCAGGCUGUGGUUGACCGUGUUCGACGGAUACAUCGCGAUACCUUUGUCAGCGGAGGUGAAAGGUCAAAACUCUGUGACAAGCAUGAGGACAUGACCCUCUUGGUCCGAAACUUCAACUACCCUCUGGGGGAGAUGAGCCAAACGACCCUGAGCCCGACACAAGGGGGCCGAAUCUACCCUGUCUCCGUUCCUUACACCAGUACACAAGGAACCCUGGGAAAAACCAGUGUCACGCUCUCCCUGGUGAUGCCAUCCCAGAAUCAGAUGAUGAAUGGGAACCAUAGCAACUCAACAGGCGAUGAGACUACGCCAACACUCACCAACAGUCAAAGUCCAACAGCAACACUGCAGUCGACCAACACACACACACACAGCAGCAGUUCCAGCUCAGGUGAUGGGCAUGGCCACUUGUUUCACCGUCAUCGACUUCCUCAAACCCUCCAACCUGACCAGGAUGGCCGAGUUGAGCCCUACGUUGACUUCUUGGAGUUCUACCGCCUCUGGACAGUGGACCACAGUGAGCAGACCGUGGCUGGAGUCCAGUAGAAGAUUGCUUGGCAUUGUCUUUGGUCACAGGUUGAGUUGCUGGGAAAUUCUGGUCUGUGCAUCCAAUAACACUCCAAUCCCUGACUUCCUCAGCUACCAAUCACAAACAGGAGAUGAACGGCAGCUGAAGCUCCCUCGUGAUCUCAUUUCUCAGCAGCAUUGUUACAAGCUUCAGUUAAAAGAUUUCUUGAGAAUGUGAGUAAUUGAAUCCCCAGAUUGCUGACUGCCCCAGAAUAGUGGAAGGGAUGGGGGUUCAAUGCGAGUUGUGUGUAGAUUCUGUCCUCGAGGAGAGGAAACUGUAGUCAUGGACCUCCUGGAGUGAGAGACUGUGUUGAGUGGCGCUCCCCACAGACAGGAGCCCAACUCUGGAGCUGCACUUGGUGUCCUGUGUCAGGGAGCUCUGUCAUCUCGGCAGCUGAGAUUUCCUGGGAAUGGAUUCAAUGCAUCGCGUGCUGCACCCGUGACCCUUCAGGGGAUUUAGAAAGAAAAGUGAGCUGAGUUUGAUUGACUAUUUAUUUAAUGCUGAUCUGAUUAGUUCUGGGUGUUUAAUGUAUUUUCUGGAGCUGAAGAAGUCUCUGAUGAAUCAUCUGAUCCACCAUCGCAAAGGCACUUCAGCAGCAGCUGGGUUAAGCUGUCUGUGACAGCACUUGAAUUGCAGCCCUGAGGAAGGAACUAUUACAAAAAACCGACUAUUCUACCGGGUCAGCCACACUUUCCUUUUGAGAUUUUUUUUUUAUCUGGAGUAGGCAUGUUGCCUGGGUCUACUCUUGUGACUAUUGGGAGAUCAAAGCAUUCAGAUUUACCGUAUGAUGCUUAUCCUGGGUUCCAAGCCUGUGCAGCUUUCAUGGUUGUUGUCAGUUCUCUCACUCCUCGCUGUUACAACAGAAUAUUGUUCCCGAUGCCCUUUGCCUCAAGGUGUUUUUGUGUUUUUUUUUCUGGCCCCGGUCUGUCUCUGAUCUUUUCAAAAUGUUUCUGCAAUUGUCUUGAAUUUGUUCCUGUCUGCAUUUCUCCCUCCCAAGCCAGUACAGGCUGGGUUCCCUCUUUAUUUAGUCUGUCGGCGGAUCUAUUUCCAAUCACAUUUGUUUACUCUUGUUUCUGGUAAUGUAUUUAUCCUGCAUGCUUAGCAUUCUACUUCUAAAUAUGUUAUAUUUUCCUGUGUUAACGAUCUUGCCCAGUCAGUUAGCUUGUUUCCUCAUUUCUUUUAGUUUUCAUUAGUAAAACCUUCAGAAUAUGGGAUUUUUUUAAUGAUUCCUAGAUCAAUUAAACUUUAACGUUCUGUGAAUUAUUUAUAGUCAUUUCUGAACUUGUCUCCUCUAAAUAAACAGGAAUAAAACCCA